AUGUUGAGCCGGGAACAGAGAAGGAGUCCCCGAAUAGUGGAACUAAAUACUCGGAAAGAAGAGAAAGAAAAGAGCCAUAUUAAGGGCAAAGAAACACUCGAGCUAUCAAGCAAGCGAGAUUUGGAACAAGAAAGUUCUUAUGCAAAGUCGACAAGAAAAAAGGUGAAGAUCAGACUUGUGAAAGAUCUGGUCAUUGAUGCAAUUGAAAAUCAAGUUGAGGAGGCUGGUUCCUUUAAAGGAGAAGAUCAUGAAACUGCUGUCAUUAAAGAACCAAUGGAUUUUGGCACCAUUCUUGAGAAACUUAAUGGAGGAUGCUAUAAAUCAUUGGAAGACUUUGAGCGUGAUGUAUUUCUGGUUGCGGACAAUGCAAUGCUUUUCAAUGCUUCAAAUACCAUCUACUACAGGCAGGCAUGUCCUCGUAUUGUUAUUGCUCGUGCUAUCAAAGAACUAGCCCAGAAGCUAUUCCAUGCUCUAAAAACUGAUCCUGAGAAUUUUGAAACGAAGUUUUCUGUGAGAAAACUAGGAUCUGGUAUAAGGACAAAGGCUGAAGGGAAAUUGCUGAAUUCUAACUCGUCCAAGACAAUUGAAUUUGAGACAACAUCAAAGGGCUGCAAAGACAAAGAUAAAUCUGGAUACAUGGAAGUACAACGGCAACAUACCUACAAACCUUGGACUACUUUUCUCAAAGAGAAUGAAUUAGUGGCCUCCAUGGUUUAUAAUGACUCAAAAGCACUCGAGAUGGAUGUAAAUAAUCCUAUCAAUUAUCGUGAGAGCUUCAAACAAUUUACAGAAAAUUUGGGGCCAACAGCUAACAUGGUUGUGCAUGGAAUGGCAAGGAGAUGCUUUCCUGAAGAUGUCAUGAUUUCUGACAAAAAUUCGAACCAGCAGCUCCAACAUCCAAUUCCUUAUGGAGAAACAUCUUCAAACUUGAUGCAACAUGCUUUAAAUAUAGAGCAAACAGCCGAGGCAGGUUCUUCACAGUUAAGGAACCCGUCAUUUUCAUCAUGGUCUGACAAAGGUACAACAGAGGGGCUGAGUAGAAAUCAAUCUGUGGGGAACAUGGAUUCACUUUUUGGACAGGGAGUUCAUCAUGUUGAAACUUUGGGUAACAAGGAACACCCAAGCUAUGGAAACAAUUUGGAGCGAGACCGAAUCUUGAAUUUAUCUAAGGCUUUAGGGUUGGGGUCACAACCCAGAUUUAAUGGAUGGGUCGAGCAAAAAUCAAGAGCAGAAGGAACCAAUUCACUCGGUCAAGCUGGGCCCUCAUAUCAGCAAAGCAGGGCCACUAAUCCUGGCAGGGAAUUGUGUGAGAUUCCAGGUACUACCGAUUGGGAAGGGGCAUGGGAUAAAGGCAAUUUAGAUCAGGGAAAAAUACCUACUUGGUUUCAGCCAGUAGAGUUGGGGUCACAAGCAAUGGUUGAUGGUCGCUUCCAGCAACAAUCGAAGUCAUCUAGUGACUGGCUCCAGGAGAAAUCAAGAUUAAACGGACACAAAUUGUCAGGUCGGGCUGGGCCCUCACAUCAGCAAAGUUGGGCAAAUAAACCUGCUUCUGGUGGGGGAUUAUACCAUAUUCAAGGCACUGCUAAUAAGGGACACCUGAGAUAUGGAACCAAUUCAAAUCAGGAAGAUCGAUUAUCUAAAUUGAUUAAACCGGUGGAGUUGCGGCCACGAACAAUGGUAGAUAGUUGCUUCCAUCAACAGUCAAAGUUGGCUGAUGGUGGACUCCAACAGAGAUCAAGAUACAAUGGAGCAGAUUUAUCAGGUCAAGAUGUGCUUUCCCAUCAUCCAAACCGGGCAAUUAAUCUUACUUCUGGUGGGGGAUUGUAUCAGUCACAACCUAUUGUUGAUAGUCACUUCCAGCAACAUUCAAAGUCAUCUGAAGUGAACUCAUCAGAUCAAACUGGAACAUCAAGAGGACAACAAAAGCAUGGCUGGAAUAUCACUCCCUCUGAUAGAGAGGGUAUGAAAGCAUCAAUUGCAUACAACUUUGAGAUGUGCAAAACUCCCUGGCAAGGGGAGUUAAGCAUUGGAGCUCCUCCAAGCCAUGGUGAAAAGCAACCUUUUCCAGAUGCUAACUUGCUUAAAUGGCUUCUUGAGAAUUGA